GCGCAUCGGUACUCUGUACGUGCAUACAAUCAGGGGUUCAUAACCUAAAAACAAAAUAAAAGAUCGAACGUUGGUUGCGCUUGACAGUUGAGUUGACUGUCAAAGCCUAAAAUUCAUUCAUAAUACAUCAAAAACUACAGUUUUACGGUGAAGGUAGAAAACAGAAUGAAUAUAAUGGUAAUGCGUGGAGAUAAGAAUUAAAUUUCCACGUCGCGCAGUUGCGUAAUUGUGAAAAAUGAAAGAUCAUUGAAAAACGAGAUACAAAAGGAUUGGGACUUGCAGAAGUGCAGAAACAGAUUUUUUCACUAUGAAGGAAGAAAUCGAAACGAAUGGGAAUUCGGAUUUGUCAGGCGUGGUCGGAGCCCUCUUGGAUACUUUGGAUGACAAAAAUGAGGUUGUUAGAGAAGCCGUUGUCGAAUCAGUACGAAAAAUAUCCCGUGAAAGUCCUGCAACGGUGAUUCAUGCUGCGGUUUACUAUUGGGAAAUGCAUAGAAAAAUGUCGACUUGUCAUGUUGCCGCUGUUCUGAGAGUAAUGAUGGAAACAUGUAGAGACGAACCUGUUAUUUUGGUUAAUGAUCUAGCAGCAUCUGUGGCAGAGCUAGCUGUGACCGAGCUUACAAAUGGUAACAUUGACAAAGAAGCCUCUGAGUUGCUUGUUUCACUCAGUCGAUCGCAUUGUACUCAAGCUAUGGGUGGAAUUUUGUGCAAAUUCGAGCCGAACAUCCUUCCAAAUUGUGCAGUAAUCAAAGCAAUGGGGAUGGUAGCUUCCUGCAAUCCAUUUGGAAUGGUACCAUUUAUAAAAUUAACAUUGAGUGUGAUGUUACCGAUGCUUAAUCUGGCUACAGAAGAUGCACACAAGCGAGCUUUCUGUUUCACAUUGGGAAAAUUUGCUGAAGCAAUAAAUGAUUACGUUAUGAAUCUGGAUGAGGCACCUGACCCUGGAAUAACGAAAGAUGCAUUUUCUGAAGAAAUGUCACAAAUAUUUGACAUUUUAACAUACAAUUGGUUGAAAACUGGUCGCAGCGAGGUAAAACUUGCUGAAGGUAUUCUCAGCGCUCUAUGCCCAAUACUGCCUCUCCUUCCAAUCGAUGAAAGAACAAACGAUAAAACAGGGAAUCGAGCAUCGAGGCUUACACCGAUAUUACUCAAUUUGUGCAAAUGGCCAACCGUUCGUCUGGCCUCGACCAGGGUUUUAGCGAUGCUACUCAACUGUACGAAUCCUGAAGACAAAGAAUAUCUGAGACCUUAUCUCGAGCAAAUGCAUCAAGUACUCUUUGACCUUGUCAGCAUAACUCCCUUUGAGACCUACCGAGAUGCUCUUCUCACUCACUAUGAAGUACUUCAGUGCUCGAGAGCCAUCGUUGUGCUUUAUCCUGAAGAAGGGCUAGAUCGAAUUUUGCAACAAUUGAGAUCCCCUGCUGGAAAUCACAGGGCAAAAGCUCUUGUCAUAUUGAAACAUUUGAUAAAUACUCUUCCAACUGAGGAUGACGGGACCCUGCAGCGAAUCGCACUGAGCCUUCAAAAUACUCUUGGUGAUGGAAGUGCCCGACAAAUGGUCGGGGCGAUAGUCGCACUAGCAGCUCAUCCAACCUUACCGCUUCUGCCUUCUCAGAGAGCAGCAUUUAUUCGAUUCAUGGUUCUUCGAUGCGGGUUGGCUAACGACGAGCCUCAAGCUUACGAAGAGGCGCUAUAUUUGUUAGCGACAACAGUCGAGGGCGCAGAAACUUGGUUAUGGCCUUCAUUGAUUCGAGCUCUCCUCGAUCCCGCGUACGUAGCUUCGGUAAUUCCAGUGCUGAGAGCGCUCUCUGCACUAGCUGUAAAAAUAAUAAGGGGCGACAGUUCAUCGGCUAAUUUACAAAAGGAAUUUGCCGGAACGAAAAUUCUCGCUCGCUGCAUCGAAUUGAUGGCAGAUGAUAGAAAUCGUUUUGGUAUCGUCGCAUUUCUAAGAUCAUCAGCGCCUUUGAUGGGACACAGUUUGAAGCCUAGAUGGGAUGCGAAGCUUUUAGAAAUGACGAGAGCGUUGGAAGCGGAAGAUGCUAUGAUUUCAUCCUCCGAAAAAGCAAUCGUAUGGGAGGAAAGUAUGGUUGAGUUUUUAGAGCAGAGUGUGGAAUUGGAAGGUGAAUCGUGGGGUCAAAAGCUGGGCGAAGAACUCGUCAGUUGCAGUAAUUUAUCAGGAGUUGCGCCUUAUUUGGCAGCGAUUACGAACGACCCUCAUCACUUAUCCCUACUCGUUUCAUUGACCAAGGAUCAUCCUUCCUGCGAAGAAUUUUCGAGGGCCUUAGGUUUUGCCUCAAAAAGGCAUCUCGAUAAAAUGUUGAGCCUUAUGGAAGAAGCAUGUGCAAUUGAAGAUACCAAGAGAAACCCAACGAGGCUUCUCGGUCUUGUUCGCGAUACGAAAGCUGCUGCCAGCACCGAAGCUGUCAAGACUAAUCUCUUAAGAUCGUAUGGGGAAAUCGCAAAACGUUCCGAAGCUGCCAAACUGUUUCCGGCUAUUGAGAGACACAUUCUACCCUGGAUUCUUAGACAAUUGAACGAGAGUAAAGAUUUGAAUAGCAAAGAAGCUGGUCUCAUUGCACUUGAACAGAUUGGGGGAGCCGUACAUCCGAAUAGACUCGCCAAUUCGACGGGUUUAAAAGCAAGAGGAGGGAGCCUUGCAAGCCUUCUCGCUCUUUUGCAAUCGCACACAGGACACAGACCACUACCAAUCUAUCCAGCUAUUCUAAAAGCUAUCAUAGCUCUUCUACGAAUUCCACCAUUACUCAACGUCGACGAGAGGCAAAUUUUGCUCAGCACCGUUCUUGAUAAAGUCAUCGGUGCCAGUACCGAGAUGGACACGUUACUUCCGUCGGAAACGUCAAAGAAAGUCGUGCUCAGUUUGUCAACAAUUUGCAGCGAAGUCGUUCUCGAUUCAGCCGACGGAGUUGCCGAACUCGUUGACAUAUUAUUGCCUUGGAUGCAAUCAAAAUCUACAGCUGAGAGAAGAACCACCUUGACAGUGCUUCGCUCCACUCUUAAAUCGUAUCACGAUUGCCUGAAGUAUACCUAUCCUGGUGGUAAAUUAGAGCCGGGUAAAUUACUCGGAAGAAUUUUGUCUUGGUCUGCCGAUCCGGAAAUUACACUGCGACCUUUGGUGGUCGAUUGUGUUUCAAUUUCGUUGGGGAUCGCAGCUCGCCACCGAUCGACAUCACCUGACAAUAAUUUGACUCACGAUCUGACUGAAUCGAAAAAAAUUCUAAACUCCCAGGACACAAGUAUGCUUUACGAAGGCGUUAAAAUAUUGGCAAUCGCCGGUUGCGAGAGAAUCGCCUCAGGUGAAGUUGUUAGUCUCGCGGAAGGAUUCGUCGAAGGUCUCCUUUUUCGAGGUGAAGGUGGACUAGCGGCUGGCAUCGGACUUGCACAAUUGUUUCGCAUAAGAGGAUCCGACAUUCCUCGUGCCGAUUUGUAUUUAGUGGAUAAUAUUAUUUCGCAGAUGCGUCAAAUGGAAAACAUAAGUUGUCGAAGAGGUGCAGCAAGUGCAAUCAAAUCGUUAACUAUUCAUCAUCCGGAGGAAGUGAUGGAACACUUGUUGCAUCAACCGUUGCCUCCAGAUCGUGGUACUGAGGAAUGUUGGUACGAAUUGGGAACUGAUGAAAUUUUUGGACUCCAGGCACUCGAUUAUCUCUUGACGCGCCUCGAAAACCAAAGCACACUGUCCGAAAGUUCAACGAAUCACGGCCCGAAUGGGAAGCACAACACUGCCGCAUUCCCAUCAUUAUCCGCCAUCGUUUCCCUUCGUCACCUUUUACAGUCAACCAAUGCAGAGGUUUUUAUUGAAAAACGUUUGGCCGAGCUUAUCGCGGUGUUAUUGAAAUAUUUGGCUGGUUGGCUCCACGUCGAUCCACCGGUGUCGAUAAUUAGUACGAAAUUUGGUUUCGUGCCGAAUCGUGAAGCUGCCAAACUCAACCCUCAUCACGAAGUUUAUUCAGUUCUUACGAAUAUUUUGACUGUCGUUAAUUCGAGCGUGGCGUCAAGUUUGCUCAACGAAUCGGUUUUCGACUCCGAAAUUCGAGCAGAAGAGAAUUUGGUUUCAACGGUGAGAUCGGUAGUUCGAUGUCUUUCAAAUAAAAGUGAAGUUCUGGCAAGCCUGGCUCAUUCGCUUGGAAAACUUGUGACAAGUGUCAUAGCGGCUCAACGAGCAGUUGCCGCCGCCUUUUAUGCCGAGUUAAUUGGUCGGGUCGAUUGCGGUGUAAUAUGGCUCGAUGCUAUUAUAAAUUCGCUUCACGAGGCUAAAUCUGAUUCGUCGCCACUAGUCAGGAAAUUGGCAACGAUCGGACUCACCAGAAUCGCAUUUCUCGAUGCUAAACAGAUCGAAGAAUAUUACGAGAAUUGUUUGGAAGGGCUUUUGGAAGGAUUGGAAGAACCGCCAAACGGGGAAGGGGGAGCCGGCGUCGUUCUCGAAUCAUUAAGAGGCCUCUCGAUACUGUUAUCAAUAAAGACAGAACGGCCCCCGAGUCCGAGAGUCGUAUUAGCACUUAAACCUUUUGUCGAGAAGGAAAAUUGGGAAAUGAGAUUAUCAGCAAUAAGCGCGCUCGGCGCGAUAUCGAGCGGAUGGUCAAAAAUGUUCUCACAACCGAACGACGACGUUACCGAUCAUUUACUCGGUUGCCUUCCCUGUCUCACGAUCAAAAUCGAAGACUCCAAUAAUUUAGUCUCCAAAGCAGCUAAGGAGACACUCUGCGAAGUGGCUAAUCUUUUGCAGUGUGAACCACUCGCGAAAAUCAUAAAAAGCCAUUUGGCCCAAGGCAACGAAACGAACGUUGAAAAUUUUCUCCGCGAUUUAAUCGAAUGCUUGAAAAACAAAUUGCCACAAAGAGCAGAAGAAAUGAGGAAUGCUGUGGUACGUGGUUAUUCACGGUCGGAGAACAGUUCAACGCGAGCCACCGCUGUCCUCGUUCUAGGUCUUUUUGGUCAGCCUAGGCCCGAAGACGUUCAACGUAUGCUUCAACUUUUACGAGACAAAGAAAGCCUCGUUAAAGUUCGCGCUGCUAAAGCAUUGGCCCUUGGAUUUACUCAGGAUCAUUAGUCAAAUAAGAACAGUUUUUAAACAUACGUUCAAUCGCCGAAAGAAUGGUUGACUUUCGUUAACAUAACUGCUCUAAAGCUAAGAACAGGAAUAAUGCAGUUGAAUACUUUCUAGAACCUAUUCUCGAUCCCACCAGAGUGAAAAUGUAUAACGUAUUCGUAUUACCUUUACCCCCUAGAGGGCUGCGUCCUUCUCGAUCUUAAAGCAAGCUUGAAAGAAACAUGCCCGAGAAACGGGUAUUCCUUAUUUCAAACAUUGUUUUUUUUUGUAUUCCGAUUUUGUGGUCUAUUGAUUUGAAAAAAUUGUAAAAAAAAAAAAAAAAAUAAGUGCAAUUAUAUUUUUACGAUAAUUAUAUAUGGAAAAAAAUUAAUAUAUUCUUGAGACUAUUGAAAAUGUCGGCGAGUUUCAUGGCGAGAAAUCAUUGUCAUUCGUAAUUGUACGACUGCUUUAUCGUGUUUAUAAGAAAAAAUAAUAAUUUGAAAAUGUUGUUAACGCCAUUGAUGAGAAGAAAAAUAGAAUGAUUUAAAAAUAAAA